AUGCGCUCCUUAUUGAUCGUCUUAUCUCUGGCAUCUCUCGUGAUUGCCGUCCCACACGAUUCUUCAGAUUCCAAGAACAUCUUUCAAAGAGCAAAAUGUAAUGCAGAUAACUGUCUUCGGGCCGUAACUGGUACACAACCAGGCCAGACCCAGACUCGAGUGGACCGAAAGGGGGAUUGUUCAAGCUUCUUUCAACCGACUACGACUGCUAGUGCAACAACCGUCACUGUUACUUUCACCGCAGCCCCAGUGUUCCCACACAAACGAGAGGUCGAAAACCAAAUCGAAAAUCGCCAGGCACUUGAUGCACCCUUCACUGUUCCUGCCUAUGCUAGUCCUUGCUCAGGGACGGUCAGAUACUCCAGCGCCUGUAGCUGUUUUGGAGUGACUGCUACAACUGUCACUGCCCCCGCACCUACCUUCACCGAGGCUGUCAACGUCCCAUACCCUCCCUUCCUGGCUGUCUUCUACUCCGAGCCCUACUUCCAGGGCAUUCGUCUGAUCGUCGACCCCUCCGAAGCCGGUAACUGCGUGGAUGUGCCUGCAGAGUUCGCUCGACAAGCUUCUUCCGUUUGGUGGGGAGUCGGCCAACAGUGCUACAUGUACGAGUUCGCUGAUUGUUUGGGCUAUUUCGCCAGAGUUGACAAGACUGGUGCGGGUGGAACGAAUGAUGAUUUCCACAGAGUCACCCCACCUUUCUACAAGAGAAUGACCAGUUACAGGUGUACUUUGCCGUAA